AACAGUAUAGAAGUAAACUCUAACUAUUAGUUGUGUGUGUGAUACCAAAGGGGACUAGACAGGGAUACUCCUUAAUACGAUUCUAGGCUUUAUCUGUUUAUACUGACAAAAGUGUUGUUCCAAAAUCCACAGUCGCAUAUAGAUAGACGAAACUUGCAGCAACGAACUAACAAAUCAAGCAGGACCGUUAGUUGUACUUGUUUCAGUAGUGUCGUGUAGCAUAUUUGUCUAUUUAUAUCUAGCGUCGAGUCAGUCAUUCACUGAAGCUACUAUCGUUCGAUUUCAAAAGCUUUGCGUUGUAUUUAAUUUUUGUGUUGUUCAGUUAUCAAAUCGUUAAAUCUAUAAAAUGGCCACUACUCCAACACCUAUGUCUAACGGAAUUUCACAGAAAGACACCACGUUCACCAAAAUAUUCGUCGGUGGCUUGCCUUACCACACGACCGACGCUUCUUUAAGGGAAUACUUUGAUAAAUUUGGAGAUAUUGAAGAAGCCGUGGUAAUAACAGACAGACAAACUGGCAAAAGCAGGGGCUAUGGAUUCGUAACAAUGUCAGACCGACCAGCAGCAGAACGUGCAUGUAAGGACCCUAACCCUAUAAUAGACGGAAGAAAAGCCAAUGUUAACCUGGCUUACUUAGGUGCUAAACCCAGAGGAAAUUUACAAUCAGCUGCUUUUCCCUUCGCUCUUAAAUCUGGAUUACCGGUUCUACCAAGCCAAUAUGGGUAUCCACAAUACGUUUAUCCAUCAACUUACGUUGCGGCACCAGGUGGAGUUUUAGCGGUUCCCCACUCACCACUCUCACCCACCACUUCUCAGUAUGCCGUAGAUUAUUCAUCAGCAUAUGCCCAACAGUUUGCUGCUAGUGGUUACGAGGCCUAUCCUUACACCUCGGCGGCUGCUAACGGUUACGUCCCAGCUGCCUAUACAUACGCUAUGCCUCAACCAAUCGCAGCAGGAGCCGGACAUUAUUACCAGGCACAGCAGAUUCAAGAACGAAUGCAGUAACCGGCGAAAAGUAGCGAAUGUUUGAAAAUAUGAAAUCUCUUGUCUCGUUGUCAUGGCGACACGGGCGAUUCGUUGUCAUAGUUACACGAAUGAAAAAUAACUUAAUAAUCUUUAAAAAUCCAAUAGUUUGUCCAAUUUAUCUCGUUUGCAUGUGAGAAUGUCAGAAUUUAGAAUGAAUGCACACGAGAAGGAGAGAAUGUUAGUUAUUAAGUCGUUAAUUUAAAAAUGAGUACCAGUUUUAGGUUCGAAAGAUGUCAAUUAUGGAAGAAUUUAUAACUCGAAUUCGAAUACAAGUUCAAAGCUCGUAUGCUGUAAUAAUAUUUUUAUGGUAAUAGUUUUAUUUGUUUAUUUAUUGUGUAUGCAUUUGAAGAAUACAUGAGAGUCCGCCUUUUUUAUUAUUUAGACAUAUUGGACAAACUAGGUUAUAUAGUUAUGUAUUUGUUAAACAUCGACGAUAUAGAAGGUUCGAAACAUCGCGAGCAAAUGUGUUUUUUUUUCAUUUUGAAGAAGAAGCACAAUGCAAAGAAAUAAAUAUUAUACGAACCAUAUUUUGUAAAAUUUGUAAAACUCAAAAAAAGAUAUUGUAAAUACGUUAAAUUUAUGUUGUAUCGCUUAUAUAAAAUGUUACGUCAGCAUUUUCUGUGUAUAACGCAACUGUUAUUGUAUCCACGUUUUGUCUUGUUCCGUCCAAUCAGCUUCAACUUGCCGCCAUUUAGUUAGGUGCGCCAUAUUGUUGCUAUAGUUACCCAUUACGUAAUGUCUCAACGAAACUUGUAAAUAGUGAUAUAUUAUUCUUUCGUCGGUAGAUCAUUUUGUUUAAAUAUUGUUUAUUAAUAUUUAGUAUCACAUUAUUUUAUCACAUAAGAUACGCCAUCAUUGCUUCUGAUAAGUAGUGUAUAGUUGUCGGGAUUUACAUGUUAACCGUGUUUACUGCUGAAAGUUAUCCCCCCUACAUGUAGGCCUAUCUCUGAGGGCGUUGUUUGUUUAAAACUCGGUCCCAAGUGCUAAAUCCAACGACCAUGAGAUAUUUCAAAAUUCUUUCAAUGGCCUUAUUUGAAAUGUUUCAAGACAGCGUAAUUGGGGUCUCGUGUCCCACAGCUGGAUGUUAUUUCAUUAGUUUUUAAAUUUAGGGCGUUCAGUAUGAUUCUUUGUGUAACACGUCAUUAUUAAAGCGCGAACGUAACAUUGUUCAUCUAUAUAUUACUGUAAAUUGCUUCAUAUCUAUAUAUAGUGCCUUGUUAAAACCAAUUUGGAACAGUAUGAUUAUUAUUUCAAAGAAAACAUUUUUUCACCAAGUACAUGGACAAAUGAACAGUAUUUAUUAUUUUAAAAAUGUUAAAUUUAUUAAAUGUUUUGAAAUUGGUUUUGUUUUUGAUAAUGCGAAGGAAAUUAAAUGGAAUAUUUUUAAAUAUCAACGAAACAAAGUCAAUUUUAAUCUUUAAAACUGUAAGCUGUUAUCAAAUGUUGUUUACCAAUGAAAUCCAUCGACUAUAUUACCCCUUAUAAGUUCCUCGUCCGACAAUUGCGGUUUAUUUACUUCCGCUAUAUAUUUGAAUGUUGGUUAAGCUUUGCACUUUCUUCAACAGAUUACGAACCAACUAUCGCCUUAAUUAGUUUCAUUUUCAUUUUGAUUACAUAUAUAUUUUUAUAUUGUUCGUCCUUUUUCUUUGUUGGCUAUUUUUCUUUAUCUUGGCAUUCCAACACUUGUCAGUUUAUCAAUGAAAAUAAAAAGCUUUAAGACCAUUUUACCUGCAAAAUAGGGACUUUGCUACAAUUGUCUCUGACUAACCAGUCUCAAAUGUAUACCGAUUAGAAGUUUUAGAUUUUUAGUAUUUUAAUAAUAUUCACGAAUUAUCAGUAUUUAUUAUGUUACCUCUGACAAUCUAAGCAGUAUUAUUUAGACUUGAAAUUGUUGGUUUUUAGUCUGUUGUAGUUAGUGCCUCGCUUAGGUCGAUUAGAAAAAAUUACUCGGUAAUCUCCACCAGUCCUCUGCGUGUGGUUAUUUUCCAUUCAUUUAUGUAAUGGAUAAUUGCUCCUAACAGAUAUGAUUUGGCUUACUCCUAUAUAUGGAAAAUACCGAAAAUUGCCCAAAAGAACAACAGAUCAAGGCACCCCGGUUGUAACCUUGGAUUUCGAUUGGCUAAUUUAAAGAGAGAACUUUCGCGAAUUUACAAGGGGAUAAGUUGACACUGGCAUAACAUCUAAGUUAUGUCAAAGGUCACAUCCGGCGGAUUACUCAGUGAUUUUAUAGAGACGUUUGUAUAUCUCCGAGGUGUUAGGGAUUAUUUUUGUUGAUAUUUAUUGUCACUUGGCUCAUUUUUCACUCCUUAAUUUAUUUGACAUCAUGGUUGUGGCUUAUUAUAAGACAUUUUUUGUCUAUCAAUUUAUUUAGAUGUAUUUUCAAUCAGGUAUAUUUUCGCGCCAUAUAUUCACAUAUUUUUUUUCAGUUAUUUAAUAUUUAACUUCAUCCAUUUUCACAUGCAUGUAUGAUAUAUAUUAUAUCUGUAAAACAAAGUUCUGACACCUGGAACCCCCAAAACGAAAGCUACAGCACUUCUUACCAUCAUGCUAAAAAUGAUAUUGGGCAACAUAUGCAUAGACUCCGUAGUUUGUAACAAUUCAAGGACUAUUGAAGGAGAUGUUAUGUUUCGAGAAAAAUUUGGUUUGAGCUUUACAGUUUUGGAUCCUCGUGUCAAAUAUUAAGUUUGAUAUACAUAAUUGAUUUAACUUAAUUUAUUUAUUUAUUAUUGAUUAUACCAGAGUGAAAAAUGAGCCCUAAAUUAAUUGUAAUAUUUAUAUGAUUUGUACAUAGUUUUAAUAGGUUAAAAUAUUAAUUAUUAAUUAAUUAUUAUCAUUAUUAUUUAAUUAAUGUAUAUUAACUCAAACGAAGGUUGUUAAAAGUCAAAUAAAUGUUUAAAAUAUGCAAAUACUUUUUUAAAAAUCAAAUUUUGAUCUGGUAAUUUUAAAAACAUAUUUAUUAUUAAAAGGUUAUUAGUAUAUUAGACAUUUUUUGUUUUAUAAACAAUUUCUUUAAAAAUUGUGUUAUUAUUUCUUAUUUUUAACAUUGUAUCUUGUAUUUAAUACCUUGUAUGUAAACAAUGUCACAUUAAGUAUUAUUAUGUUUACACUAUGUCCAACUAUCAUGUUACACUUUAUAUUGUAAAUGCGAAUAAAACACUGCACAUAUAUAAUGUAAUCAUGUGCAUUGUACAUGUAUUAAUUGUAUGGUUAAAAUAAUAAAAAUUUAAACAAUGUUACAACACAUGUCACUAUGUAAACACAUUUAACAAAUCUGCAUAAAAUGUAUACAAGUUAUAUGUAUAUAUAUAUAUAUAUAUUAGUAUAUUUAUAAACUAAAUAAUAUUAAAAUCAAAAUAAGGUAUAAAAGAAUUUGAACGAUUGUUUAUUUAUUAAUAUUAAUUACGAUAUUCACAUGGUCAAUGUUUUUUCUCAUCACUAAUUGAUACUUUGAAACAGUCCCUGAAAAUAUUACCGGGGAAAAACAAAAAAUCGAUAGUGUACAUAGUGUAAACUGGUCCAUAAAUGUAUAACUAUAAAAUUACAAUGAAGUUGCUUGUCAAUUUGAAAAAAAUAAACCCUUAACCUGUUUCUUUAUCCCCGAAAAUACCGCUAGAGUGGAUGAAUAUUCAUCUACCCUUUUAAUAAUUGUAUGUGGUAGUUUAGCAGAAGAAAUGAUUUGCAGUAUAUAAAUAAAUCAACAAAUCAUAAUGACUGGCACAUUCAUGACGUUUUGUUGAUUUAGAAUAGAGAAUAAAUAAUUAUAGCACAUGAUAAAUAGAUAAGAACUUGAACUUGAUCAUGCCACACCCUAAGUAAAACCAUCGUUAUGAUGUCACCAUUCAACCAUUUCUGUACGUGUAUAUAUCUCUUGAAAGAGUUACUUAAAUCAGGAAAGAAUUCCGUUAUGAACAAAUUCAGAGAUUGUUCUAGUAACACUCAGACGUUACAAAACAACAUUUUAGGCGAAAAUUAAUAACUCAAUUAAUAAUUUGUCUGUUAAAUGACACAUGAUUUUAUAUUUUGAAAUAUGGCUUAGAGCUUAAAGCACUGUUAAUCUGUUGAAGCCAAUAAAAUGCUUAAGGCUAAAGGCUUACUUAAAGGGAGAAUAUUCUUAGGCGAGUACACCAUUAUGUAAGAUAACUCUAGAGAGAUAUAUAACAACGGAAAGGUAACUCUUACCAAAGUGCAUAUAUGUUCAUGUUAUUAUAAAGAAAGAUUUUAAUAUGCAUAAUGUUAAUACCCUCUUCAUCUCUCCUUGUAUUUAUAUUAUAUAUACAUAUAUUAUACUACUUCCACAAAAAUUGAUCAAAUAAACAUAUUCAUUAUA